UGGCGCGUACUGCGUAGAGAGUGGGGUUUUGGGGAUUUUGAAUGAGAUUUGAAUUGAAUGUAGAAAAUUUCGUGAUUGGCGGUCGUUGACUCCUCAUUUUAUAUUGAUUUGUAGUUGUAAUUGUAUUGAUGGUAGACGCCGUCCACACGGAAUUGAACCCACAUCAGUCGUCCCAUAAAGACUAUAAUCUCUCACGCAGAAUCGAUUCCGAAUCAGAAUUUGAAAGACAGAGAGAAGCAGAGAAGACACGAGUCAGAUUUUGGAGGGAGAGGAUGGCGGAAUGCAGGCCCUUAGGGUUCCUCAUAGGAUUGCCUUUCGCUCUUAUUGCUCUCGUUUUAGCCGCUGUCGGCGCUGUUAUCUGGGUUCUUGGGAGCAUAUUGAGUUGCAUAUGUCCGUGUUGCUUCUGUUGCAGUGCAUUGGCUAAUUUGGCUAUGAAACUCAUACAGCUUCCAGUUAAAAUCAUCAGAUGGUUCACUGAUCAAAUUCCUUGCUAGCGACUCACACAUAAUCUUCUCCUCUCUUUAUUCAUUUUCAUCUUGUUAUUCUUACCGUCAUCACAUUAAUACAUCUCGAUUCUUCAA